AUGGCAACUGCACCUUCUUCAGCUACUACACGAAGAAUUAACAAGGAAUUGCAGGAUUUGCAACAAAACCCCAUCCAAGGUAUCCAAAUCACUCCUUCGGAAGACAACCUUUACGAGUGGACCGGCAUUAUUUCUGGACCAAAGUCUUCGUGUUACGAAGGUGGAAAGUUCCAUUUUCGUCUGACAAUUCCUACCGAAUAUCCUUUUAAACCGCCCGUGUUUUUGUUUACUACUCGUAUAUAUCAUCCUAACGUGGAUUCAGACGGGAACGUCUGUUUGUCUUCGCUGCGACCCCAAAACUUUAAGCCUAGCAUUCGGCUUCGCAGUGUGUUGGAUCAACUUUUAGGCUUGCUCGUAUUGCCUAACCCAGAAGACCCUUUGGUGCCCUCGAUUGCAAGCCAGUACACGACCGAUCCAGCGUCAUUUGCAAAAAUCGCCCGUGACUAUGUCCAACACUUUGCCAGAAAGUAG